AUGGCUACCUCUUCUACUUUUGUUCACAAUGUUUAUCUACCUGUUGAUGUUAUUCCAACUGCUGAAACAAGAAUCAAGCUUGCAAAUCGUAUUUCGGUUUCUCCUCUCGUGCUGGGUACUUGGGCCUGGGGUGAUACAAAUACUUGGAAUUGGACUUCUGAAUCAGAUCCAAAAGCCAAGGAUGCUUUUGAUAUUUCGAUGUCCAAGGGAAUCAACACGUUUGAUACAGCUGAAAUUUAUGGCAAUGGCGAAAGUGAACGUUGUAUUGCACGCUACAAAGAAAAUCAUCCAACUGCUGCAGAAAUUGUGAUUGCUACGAAGUUUUUUCCUACUCCUUUCAAGUUAUUCUAUCCGUCUUCGCUCAUUAAUGCUCUUCGAGAAAGUCUUGCAAGAUUAAAGGUUGAAUGCGUUGAUCUUUAUCAAAUUCAUGGUCCCAUUCAUCUUCGUUCCAUUGAAGUUGUUGGUGAUGCACUAGCUGAAGCUGUCAAACUUGGUCUCACCAAGACGGUUGGCAUUUCGAAUUAUUCAACAGCAGAAAUGAUCAGAAUGUAUGAUUGUUUACAAAAGCAUGGCAUUCAGCUUGCAUCGAAUCAAGUCGAAUAUUCGCUUAUUCGACGAUUGCCGGAGACAUCUGGCCAUAUUGCUGAAUGUCACAAACGAGGUGUUGCUGUUCUGGGAUAUUGUCCACUUGUAAGUUAA